CUUCUUCACCCGCUCUCGGGUUAGCGACGUAGCGUCCUCCCAGGGUCUAGACUGCUAGAUGGAGAAUCCUGCAUCACCCACGCUGUCGUAAGCAAACGAUUAAGAUGCCUUAACCCUUGCUACUCUAAGGCUAGGGCUGGGGCUUGGCUGCUAUAGAUCGUCCGUCAUCGUACCUAUAGUGCGGCCUCUCGUGCGAGAUAGCCAUCAUUCGUCCGCGACACACCGCACCGAGAGCUCGCGCCACCUUGUCCGCGAGACGUAGCGUAGUCGACCAGAUCAGCCACCCCGCCCAAGAUGGACGCCGCCGACGUGCCAGACUUCGACGACCUGCCCAAGGUCCCCGACAUGCCGCAAGGUUGCGCCUGGGGCCUCUUCGACAAGGACGGCAAGAAAGACCUCCUCGGCACGUUGAACCUGCUCACGCCGUCGGUCGUGAAAGCAGCGUUUAGCGAGGCCCGAGAUGGGGUGUCGAUCUCGCUCAACUGGCCGCUCAACGCGAUGCCGUUCCCGCUGCCGGGCCGGAUCCCGCCGACGCACAAGCUGAUGACGCUGCGGGAGAGCGGGCUGUCCUCGGGCCACGGCUGGGACGACGAGCUGCACUUCAACACGCAGCUGAGCAGCCAGUGGGACAGCCUGGUGCACUGGCAGCACCAGCCGACGGGGCUCGCGUACAACGGCGUCGCGGUGACGCGCGAGGACCUCGCGGCGCCGACGACGGCGGCGAACCCGGCGCCCACGCUCGACCACUGGCACGCCGCCGGCGGGCUCGCCGCGCGCGGCGUGCUCGUCGACUUCAAGGAGUGGUGGGAGGCGCGCGCGCGCGCCGAGGGCCGCACCGGCGCCGACGCCGUCCUGCACCCGCUCGACGGCCACCGCAUCACCGUCGCCGAGCUCGAGGCGGUGGCCCGCGACCAGCGCGUCGGGUUCCGCCCCGGCGACGUGCUGGUCGUCCGCACCGGGCUCACCGAGGUGCUGCAGGCGCCGGCGCCCGAGGACCUCGCUAAGCUGCAGGGGGGUCGCAUCGCAGGCGUCCACGGCGUCGCCGAGUCCGCCCGCUGGCUCUGGAACAAGCACUUCGCCGCCGUCGCCGGCGACGGCUGGGCCUUCGAGGCGCUCAUGCCGCUCAAAGAAGACGGCAGCCAGGGCGACCCGAGCGAUCUGUAUCUCCAUCCGUGGCUGCUCUCGAUGUUCGGCAUGCCGAUUGGCGAGCUCUGGGACCUCAAGGCCCUAUCGGCGCACUGCAAGGCCACGGGCCGGUACAGCUUCCUGCUUACAUCAGUGCCCCUGAACAUCCCGGGUCUCGUCGGGUCGCCACCGAACGCCCUGGCCCUCUUCUAAGCCCGGCUCGGGCCGCCGCUCGGCGGGCCUUUUUGGGGUGGUGUUCUUCUCGGAAUCUAUGCGAGUUGUCCAAUACCUAUCUCUAAUAUGCGGCGGGCCUGUUGGAUUUGCAUGACGAUAAUACCCAGCGUGGCGUGUACCUAUGGGUGUCGAGGAGCAGCGGUAGGCGUGCGAGCGGCCGUCUCGU